UUUUCAGAAGAAAACAAAUGUCAAAACUUCCUGUACUUUUACCUGUGCACGUUAACUGUUAAUUUCAGAAAGCUUGAGACACCAAAGUCUGAAGGGGUAACAAUGUUUGUUUUGGAAACUGUUGUACCCUGAUCAGAAUAAUCUCAAUCCUAAAGAUGAGCAGUAGCAGUACAAGCAGCAAUGAUGUUGAUUAUGGCCAGACAGCCGAGGACCAUCGGAGAUUCCUUCUGCUUGUCAGACAAACAGGCAAACUGUUGUCAUGGAAGCACUUCAGUCGAUGUUGGGACCGUGUUUGUCAGAUGGACUGUGUGGCCAUUCCUGGACAGAAACGAGAGAUGUGGAUCCGGUACAAGCGCCAGUACACUCCAGAUUGUAACGAGUGGGGAGACUUUCAGAUUCAUCGAAAAGCCCUUGGCUUAAUCUCCAUUGGCCGAUGUUCAAAUGAGGCAGAGUUUGAGGAAUUGUUUGAAAACUACAAAAAAGAGAAAGAAAUAUAUGCUGAUAGUCUCUACAACUCCCGCCUCGUUGUGUUUGGUAUGAAUACAGAUGGUAGCCCACUGCCCAAUGAACAAAGUCAAGACUCGGGAGAAAAUUCUCCUGCCCCAACAUUCAGAAUAGAUAGUGACAAUAAUGAAACUAAUGCCUGUGAUAAAGAUGAUGGUGAUACUAUUCCUAAUGAUAAGUCUGACAAGUUGAACAGUAAUGACCUGCCUAUUUUGGAACAUUCUGACCCGCUUCGGCAAGUUUCUGAUAAGCCCAAAGGGAAUGAAAGUAAGAGCAGUAAUGGUGCAAAAACAAAUAACAACAAUGAAAAGACUACCAAUGAACAAUUAGAUUCAACUUCCAGAUCACAAAUUACUUUUAUUAAAAAACAGGAUUCAAAAAAAGGAAGUUUGAAAAAAGAAAAUAAAUUAGUUGAAGAGCUCAAGAAGCCUGAGUCGAUGAAGAAAACGGGAAGUAGCGGUAGUUUACGUGAUGCCUCGGGUGCCGAGGUGGUGUUUUAUCCUGGGGUAGAUAACUCUGAUGGGCUGGAGGAGUGUGUGAGAGAGUUUGUUACCUCCCUUUUCUUUGUGUUGGAAGGAAAGCGAUUGGAUCGCAGUUUUGAGCGAGGAGACAAAACGCUACUGUUGUGUGCUCCGUUUGAGAAGAAAGAUUACGUUGGAGUGGACACAGACACCAAGUCUUUCAAGAAGAAGUGUCAGGGACGGUUCCGUAAGCACCUUGCUGACUUGUGCCUUCUGGCAGGAAUGCCUGGAGAGGCUAUGUUACACUAUUCAACGGCCCUUGACACGCUUAAACCUGUCAAUGAUUGGUUGUGGAUGGCAGGAUGUUACGAGGGAUUAUGUGCAGCAGCAGUGAUUACCCAGUACGGCUCCAACAAUUCACAUCUCCAGCCAGCUUCAAUCAGGAGAAACCAGUCCUUCUCAACAAAACGUGGGGUUGCAUCAAAUAACCAUGAACGUCAGAAAUCUGUUCCAGUAGGUGGCCACCACAGUUACUCAAACGGUCUCCAGGAUCUGCACGACUCCUCCAUAAAGUCCAACAUAAAUCCUGACGAUAUUGUCGAGAAAUAUAAAGAUGCUCUCCAGUACUAUAGCAAGUACAAGACUGCAGCUGUGGUGGAGAUGGAGGCGUGUUUUAAGGCUUGUAGGAUCCUUAUUUCACAAAAGAGGUUCCUACAGGCGGCUGAUUUCCUACAGGAGGUGAUCUACAUUGCCCCGCAGCUCAACGAUGAAGACAGGAUCCAUCGAUACAUCACCAUGUCCACCCUGUACGGCCAGAUCGGCUUUUCCCGGAAGGCAUCAUUUUUCCGCCGAGUGGCAGCCAUGCAGUGUGUGGCCCCUCAAACCCCUAAACCCAACUGGCCCCUUUGUCAUCAACUCCUUAUUCAGUCCCUCCCAGGGUACAAGUUGUACCUGGAUCAAAAUGAUUCCACUAGUAAGCCAGGUGAUACACAUGGCUGGCCUGUGAUACAGACACGGGUGCUACAUGAGCUUAUAUUCUCUGCUAAAAAGAUGGGCAACAUGGCUCUCGCUGUCAGAUACCUGACUAUUCUGCUGCACACCCAGCUAGACUACCUGUCAGUGCAGGAGAAGCGUGACCUCGUCUCCAAUCUCCAGUCUUUCACAGAGCAUUGUGAGGGGACCACCCAGACUCUUGCCGUGGAGUCGGGAGCCCUCGUGCCCCAUGUACCUCUGAUCAGUGUUCCUCUUGUCAAAUCGUUCAAGCUGAUGCCUCUGGAGACACACUUGGAGCCAAAGAAGAUUUUAACUUCAGAGUCUUCUGUUCCUGACAGUGUCUUCAUCUUCACACCACUCCACCUAGGGCCUGUGUCAAGACCAGACUGCCCCGAUGUUGAUUUCUCCUGGGUGGAGGGGGAUAUAGCGGAGGUUCAGCUACUGGUUCACAACCCCCUUCCAGACAACCUGCCUCUAACCCAUAUUGGACUGAUAACGGAGGGACUUGAGGUUGAGGCAUUCCCUACGUCUCCGACAAUUCCUGCAGAGCAUGGCCUGUAUGCUGUGAAGAUAAAGCUUGUCCCUGCAGCUGCUGGGCAGCUCAAUAUCUUAGGUUACAACACCAAGCUUUAUGGGGUUCGGAGCAACUGUAAGUUACGCGACUGUCCCAGCAUCCCCCAGUCUCACUUUACCGUCAAAGUCGCGCCAGGAUUGCCGUCCCUCCAACUGAUGACCUCAUUAACGAAGGCAGACGAUUUCCUAUCCUUCGGGGAGGAGUUCAACAUUGUCACCAGUGCAACGGCUGUGUUAUACACUGGUCAAAGUUCAGAGUGCACAGUAACUCUACAGAACUCGAACAAACUUCCUGUGGAAUGGGUGAAUGUCACACUUGAGUCAAUGAAGGAUGCCAAAGAUUAUGUUUGUGAAGUUUUCCAAUGGAACAACGAGAACAUUCAGUCCCAGUUGCCAAUAAGUCCCUCAGGGGUGCUGUGUUUUAACAUGGCUCUACAAGGUGUGGGUGACUUUCUACUACAUAAAACAGAAAUAAAGACAAAUAGCUGGACAAGAGAGGGUCCCAGAAAGGCUGUAGGAUCGGAUGGCAGGGUUGUUGAGGGCAUUCUUAAGGUGGAGUAUUCAGGUGGUCCUGGUUACCGUGACAACUAUUGUCGAUGUUCCUCUGUGGCAUUUAAUGUCGACAUUCUACCAUCCCUAGUCUUCACCAAGUGGGACGUCAUGUUGUCAGAAAGCUCCGAGCACUGUUACCUGAUGUUUGAUGUGAAGAAUUUGUCCUCUCAUGAGCUGGACGUCCAGUAUUCAGGCCAGUGUGUCUGUGUGAAGCCCGAACACACUCGCAGAGUGUGUAUAGAAGUGGAGCGUUUUGAACCCAACUCAAUACCUAGCCAGUCAUAUGAUUCCUUCAGUCAGUUCCUUGCAACAUUUGUGGACAUCAGAUGGACAAUUCCCUCGUUGAAUGUGAAUGGGCGUCUUGAAACAGAGCACCUUACCUGGACCCGAGAACAACAGCAGAUAGUAUAUACAUCACCGGUACUUUGGGAUGUGCAUUUGAAUGGUCAAGUCAUCUCCCCUCUCCAUAUUGGUUCCCUCGAGUAUAAAGUGGGUCAACCAGUCACCUUGGAAGCCGGUUUUCAGCUCAAGUCAGAAUGCAGCAGUGAUCUCGAAGGGCGAUCAGGGGAGUUGACCCUGUGCUGUUGUCAACAUUAUGACAACGGGGAGGUGAGCCAUAACACAAACAGCUAUGUGAUGUCCGUAGAGUCCCAGUCUAUAUGUGUGCCUCAGAUUUCUGCAGAUAUUCCCAUUACACAUUCCUGUAUGUUCAUUUUCACCUGCUCGGGAUUCUACAAGUUUGAAAUACAAAUGAAGGUCGAAGGUCAACCAAGAGACUCCACUGACUCUAAUAUUCAAGGUCAUCACCAUAGUAACCAGAGUGUUGUGACCUCUAGUGAUAAAGGCCAAGGUCACCAGAGUCAAUCGAAUCUAACUGGUCAAGGCCUGUGCUCAAAUUCUGAGGAUACAGCAGAUUCAACUCGAUCAAAUGACCGUGUUUUUAAAUGCAUGUCUGUGAUAGAAGUUAACAUUAUAGAAUGACAUAUUUAUAUUUGUAUGUAUAUGUGUAUAGGCCUUUUUUAUUUUGGGAAAUCAUUGUAAGAUAGACUGAAUGUGUUUUAAUGCCUCUCCUUCAUAGAAGUGGCCAAAUCAGCUGCCUCUGGUAUCUGCCUACAUUGUUUAAGUAUAGGAUAAAACAGGCUAUGGAUCGAGGAGUAAAACAUGUACCGGUAUGUAUGAAGUUUUAAAUGGAAGUUUUACAUGCAAAAUUUAAUAAGAUCAAGUGUUUAAAGAUCAUGUCAGAAGAUGGGCUCCAUGUCAUUAAUGGGACAUUCCAUCCAUCACUGCUGUAGCUGGCCUAGGUCAUUUAUGGGACAUUCCAUCCAUCCAGUGCUGUAGCUUUUAAUUUUUCACUAUUUUGCCACCUACAGAGCAUGGCAGACACCUAGCACUUACCUCAUCCAUUGGCGUUGUCAGUGUCACACUUUCAUUUCCCAUCAAUAACUUUUGAAUUUUUUUGGUCUAGAUUCUUCAAACUUGGUAUGAACAUUAGUCAUUAUUGGUAGAUGACACCUUUUGACCUUCUGACGACACAUAAGGUUCAGGGAAAUCUAGCAAUUCUAUGAUCGAAGCGCAUAGCUUUAUGAGUGUAUUCAUGGUCAUUUUGAAUAAAAACACUGUUAAAUUAAGAAAACAUCUGUGAAAAAUAUGUUAAGUUUUUUUUUUAAUUAUUUACUUCCUAAAAAAUUCAUCAAAUCUUGCACACCAGAUCUACUUAAAUAUUUUUUUAAAAUAUCUAAUAACCUUUAUACGACUGUACCAUUAAUGGUCAUGUUAAAAUCUCUAAGUGCUCGUUGUUUGUUUUUUCUUGCCAAGUAGAUAUGUUUUCUAUUGGAACCUGACCCUAAACAAAAAAACAAUAAGGUAUGGCCUUAUUUCUUACCUUGUACAUGUAUCUUCUUCCAUAUAUAGUAAAAUUUUACAAAUAUACAUGUAUAUGUCAAUCGCUUAAAUUCAUGUUAUUCACUUUUUGAUGGUAAAUUUGAUGUUGUAUGACAGUAUCCUGUCCAGUGAAGACAUGGAACUUGUGUUUUGUUAAAACAUUCAAAUUUUCUUUCAUUCAAGUUUGCAUGUUUAUUCAUAGGUGUUUUAAAAUUGGGUUUGCAUUAGGAUUAAUAAAACUCUUGGAAAAGUGGAAUGUUUAACACCGUAUUUCACCUGUGUUUGGCAUACCAAGGUCAUGUUAUCAACGAAUGCAUCUUAUUUUCGUUUUUGGAAAAAUUGUUUCUAGUUGCAAUCAGACCUAAAUUGAAACAAAUAGACAAUUUUUUUUGGAAUGUUCAAACUUAAAUAAUAUGUUAAUUUCUGGGAUUUGUAAAGUCACUGACCUGGGUUAUAGGUCUGUUGUAAAGUAUUCAAUUGAAAUUUCCUGUUCCUGCAAUAUUUUGUUGUUCCCUCGUUGAUGAAACGAUGCCUUAAAGUGAAAUGCAUGUGCAAGAUGUGAUCAAUUCAAAACAGUGGACAUUUUGAUUUUCAUUCACAAGACUUAACAUCAUGUCAAAUUAUUUUUACUUCUAAUCUCAGCUGAUACACCAAUGAUUUUAGAGCCUAAUAUUGAUGUGUGAACUAUUAUAGAUAUAUUAUGUUAUAUCAUAUUACUAGUGCUUUGUUAAAAAUGAGUUAUUUGUUAAUUCUCAUACAAAGUGUCUUCCAGUUACCUGUUUCCUCAAAUAGUUAAAUAGUGGAAUAGUUGCGUCUAAUAGGGAAUAGUUUAGUCAAGUAGUGGAAUAGUUGCAUCAAAUAGUGGAAAUGUUGCGUCAAAUAGUGGAAAUGUUGCGUCAAAUAGUGGAAAUGUUGCGUCAAAUAGUGGAAUAGUUACAAAUAGUUGAAUAGUUGCUUCAAAUAGUGGAAUAGUUACGUCAAAUAGGGAAAUAGUAAUGUCAAGUACUGGAAUAGUUUCUUCUAAUAGUGGAAUAUUGACUUCAAAAAAAUUAGUUGAAUACUUAAAAGUGAUUUGUCAUACUUAAAAUACUGUUCUCAAGGCCCAACAAAGCUGAUGUUUCUUUUGUCAGAUUUACCACACAUUCUUUUCAGAAAAUGCACAAAACAUUCUUGUUUUUCACCAAAAUUAAUAGAACUGCAUCAUAGUGAAACCGUGUUGAAUUGAACACUGUAUCAACAUCAACAUGUGUAUUAGUGUCCCUGGCAAUUUCAUGAAGUCUGAAACAGUUUUAUCAUGUAUGGAUACUUUGUAAGGUAUUUCUAUAGUAGGGAGAAUAUCUAGAAUAUUUAUAAUUGUUCAGGGCUACUUCUCUAGAUACUCAUUAAUCAGUAUACAUGGGAAAAAGGGUUUUGCUUUAGCCAACUUCUAUACUUAAGUGAGAUUGAAUUAAAAAAAAAUUAACCUGCUUGCCACAACUUUUCUAGACCAAAAUCCAAUGAACAAAAAACUAAAUUGGUGUGGCCUAAAAGUUAUUAUUUACUUUCACAUUAAGAUAGAGGUGUUGCUUCCUAAUGAUCAAUUCCGUAGUUUAUAUGCGAGUUCUUAAAUUUGAUUUAGAAAGUUUAAUUUUUUUAAAGGGACUUGUUCACAGAUUUAAUUUGAUAUGUUACUUUUAUGAACAAGCUCCAAACAGCUACUAUCAGAUAUUGAUUUGAGCAGAAUGUUGUAAAUCUAGCCCUGAAAUAUUUAAAUUUCUGGUUGUGCUUGAAUAGAGAAUUUUUUUGGAGCGUCUUCUUUUAAAUAGAUAUGAACAUUAGAGCUCUAACUUGAACAUGUGAUGUUUCAUGAUUGAAAAACGCAGAUUAUGUUCACAGUUCAAACAACUGUUAUUGUGUUUGUGUGACCUAUGAAAUGUGAACAAGUCCGUUAAUAGGAAUAUUUUUCUGCAGUUAAAGCAACUUGUGGUGUUUUAACUCUGUGCACUUGAAGUUCAUAAAUAUUAUAUAAUAUGGUAUUUAAUUUUGUCAUUUGUGUAAACAUCGAGAUUACAUAACAUAUUUUGUCCCUGUAAAUGUCCAUGUCUCAUUGCCUGAUGUAUGUUUUCUUAAGAGCUAUGUUAAUCUAAUCAUCUAUUACAUGUUGCCUUAUAUUUCUGUACAUGUAUGCUCAUUCAUUGUAUAACAAGUUCAUGUAUUUGUAUAUGUAAAAUGCUUUGAUGCCAAACAAAUAAAAUAAGUUGUUUCCAGCGCCAGAUAUAGGGUAGGUAGCUUGGGAUAAUAUUUAUAUUAAUUUUUGCCGAGCUCACUUCCAGUGAGCCAAAAAUAGUUGUCAAAAUGGCUGUUCUGUGUGAGUGCUUGCAUGAGUGCAUCGGUCCAGACUUAAUUUGUCCAGCCUGUAUCUUAUUUUUUAAAGUUGUUUCUUAAGUAAUUCCACUGAAACCUAUGCAAAAUAAUACCACAAUUUUUUCCCAAUAGAAAAAAAUGUUUACAUUUUGUAUCUGAUGGCAAUAAAUAGGGUUGGUGUCGGUCUGGAAACAAUUAUUUUUAUGUGAGGCCUCAAGUGAACAAAUUACUGUUUAUAAUGACUAGACAAACACUAAGGCCAAAAAGGGGUUGUGCAAAAUGUUUGUGUUAUAUUGCUGUAAAUCAGCUUCAUGACAUGUGUUCAGUUUAUUUCAUAUCUACUUCAAAUCUAAACUGGUUCUUUUACUCGGGUAAAGAAUAUACUUUUUUAUGUUUCAUUCAUAUCAAUUUCCUUCAAAAAUACUGCAUGAUUUCAACAUAAAAUAUGGACACCUGAAAGACUUUUUAGAACAUACUAUUUCUUGAUUCCAUAUCACACAGUCGCCAUGUAACGUUUGUGCAAUACAUUAUACCAUAUACAUGUACUAUGUAUGACAGUUUUUCAGAAGCACAUUUAUUGUAUACAUGAUCGCUAUAUAUAAAGUGUAAUAAUCCUAUAAUCAGAGUGAAUUUUGAAAUACCCCAUUUAUAUUACUCUGUUUUCCUAGAGAACAAUAAAAACAUAUAUAAAGUUAAAACAAUUAUUUUAGUUCAUGCUUUAAGGUGCAUAUCUUGACUUUCGUUGCCUUUUUCUCAUUUUCCUUUCCUUUGGUGUUAUUGCUUUAUUGAAAUUACCGGAUGCUUUCAUUUCUUUUUAAAUUGUCAAAAGAUUGAUCACCAAGUGUUAUGAAACAAUGUGCCAGUUUGUUUAGAGCUUUGUUCAAGUUAACAGCAUGAUCAAUGACAGUGUUGUUAACUUUCAAAGGUGAUAUAUUAUAUGAUGUGUUCAUUUUAACAAGAACAGUUGAAAAAGUUGUCAAACCCUUAAUGGAAAUACAGCAGAUCACAGGUGUAUCUAUAAAACGUUCAGAGCAAUACAGAUUUGAAGGAUAACAAGAAUGGCAUUAAAAACAUUGUUAACUGAAACAAAGUUUUAAAAUAUUAACCUUUUAAUUGUUGUUUAGUUUAUAUGAACUCCAGCAAUUGAUUUUAAGCUAGCAUCACAAAUUUGUAUAACAAGCCCUGUUAUAUUUGUACUGCAUUGUUUUUGUAGCGUUAAGCUUGUAUUGGUUUUAUAUUGUUGACUAUUUGUGUUAUAUGUGACAUGUCUCAUAUUAUACAUGUAUUGUUUGAGGAAUAAAGGGAAAGGAAUGAACA